AAGACUCAAAAAGAUAUAACUAGAUAUAUCAAAGAAAAUCUACCUGAUAUAUCAAGUGUGAAAUACUUUUCCAAUGGUUGUGCAGCACAAUUUAAAAUUUUUUAAAAAUAACAAUCUUUGUCAUCACAGUAAAGACUGAAUGGGUAAAUGUAAUAUCACAGUAAAUGAUGAAUGGGUAUUUCUUGCUACCAGUCAUGGUAAAUCCCCCUGUGAUGGUAUUGGUGGGACUGGUAAAAGAGUAGUAUGUCAAGAAAGUCUAAAACAAAUAACUACUGGGCAGAUUUUAGAUGUUAAUUUAAUGUACUCCUUUUAUAAAGCCAAGAGUGGUUAUGCAGUUGGUGGUGUGAUGGGUGUUUAUUUAGCACAGAACUAUGAGAUACCCGACGUAAAUGCUGCAUUGACGUCUCUUUUGAACAAAGUAUCAAGUUAUGAGAAAUCUGAUCCAAAGAAAAAAGAAUAACGUGGGAGUUUUUUUCCAUUUGAGAAAAAUGUUUAACUUGGUUACAAAAAACUAAAAUUUGAAUUUUUGUUUGUGAAUUUUUGAUUUGAAUAUAGAAGCUUUUUCUUGUAGACGUUUUGACUGGGCUUAUUUUUAUGUAGUAACUCAACGUGAGAGGACAGAAAUGGACAUGUGAGAGGACAGAGAUGGACAUGAUAAAAGACAGAGAGAUGGACAUGUUUUAGUUUUUUCAUCGAAACCUCGUGCAGCUGUUUUAAUUAGUAAAAAUAUUAUUUCUAUUUCAAAUUUAUAUUAUUUUGAACAUUCGAGACUCGUUAAACGGAUCGCGCUAGGUCUAUUUUCCUCCCUUUAUCAUUUAUUUUUUAUAAGCUUGUUUCAAUAGCUUCAAGUAAAUCGUUAUACAGAUUUUUUUAAAUCUUUAUUUCUAAUCUUUAUAGAAAUUUUUUAUCAGAAUUCAUUUAGUAUGCGAUAUUUUUUAUGAAGGUUUCAAUAUAUUGCAAAGCAAAAUAACCAUAAAGAUGUCGAUACAAGAUCGAAAUAUUUGUAUUUUAAUUGUGAAUUUAUGUAAUAAUGUGCCUGGUACGUGUGAAUUUAGAAUUCACUUUGUUUUAAUACCACUUUUAAAA